AUGUCCUCGGGACAUCCCGUCGUACGGCGGCCACUGUUCUCGAAAUCGAACAUCGAGCUCAUCAAUUCUCUGCGCGCAAACUUUGAUUCCUUCAAACAUUACUCUCCUCCUUCCCCCGCUGGGAAUGUCGCUCCUCCCAUAUGGACGACGCAAGACGGCGACACUCUCUUUGUGCCUUCAUGGCGGCCAACCCCGCUCGUCGAGCCCCGCGAUUCGUACGACGUUACAUGCAAACUAUUCUUCCUUCCCGGCAUACCGAGUACUCGGCGGUGCCGACACACGCGAGAAGCUAUUAGCAUGGUGCUGAAAGAGCUAGGUAUUCAUACCAUUGACCUGUUGAUCGUUUCGUAUCCCGGUGUCAGCUUUGACGCAGAUGAUGAAGAAGAAGAAGACGUUGAGGAGGCGGAGGUGGCCUCCGCCCGUGAAAAUCAGAGCGACGCCAGCGGCGAGUCGCAAGACUUGGAUGCGCAGGUCAAGACCUGGCGGGUGCUAGAAUCGUUGUAUGAUGAGGGCGUCAUUUCCCAGCUGGGCGUAUCCGAGUUUAGUUCGGAACGGCUUGCAAGAUUUCUUCCAGAGGUCCGAGUCCGUCCCACCGUUGACCAGAUCAACGUGAAGGACUGCUGUGUCGUGCCGAAGUCGCUGAUCACGUACGCAAAGGAGAACAAGAUUGAGCUAUUGACGCAUGCGGAUUGUAUGGAUAUUCUCCCGCCCGGAACGACGAGGGAACUGUUAGGGCCCGGUAAAGAUGGUGCCGGCAUCCUCGCGGCGCAACUGGACGCCGGACCUGAAGAACCCGGAUUGAAGGGUGACAUCGAGCCGCAAUGGGUGAUCAAGUAUACCGCCGUGGUCAAAAACCGUGGUGUCAUCGAAAACAAAGGGUAUUUUGCCGUCGCACAGCUGGGAUGUUGUAUCGAGGAGAAACCAGUCGAGGGCGAAGCAUCAUGA